AUGGCUGCCGGCGCUGCGAUACCUGGACUGUUCUUCACCUUCGCAGCGAUGGUGCUGCUCAUCUUCGCAUCUGUUUCCCCACCUACAUGGAACCCCAUUUCAUUCCUGAACACUAACGUCGGGGGUGUAUCGACGCAUUUCGGUGUAUUCGGAUACACUGGUUCCACGACCCACGUAGGGUGGCACUUCCCCAGCGGUAUUGGUGAUAACACGAUUAAUGAUACCACCUUCCACAAUCUUACAUACAUAUUGGUCCUUAUCCCCGUCGCUGCCGGUCUCUCUGGCCUCUCAUGGCUUUUCGGUCUCUGCGGCGCGGCUUACCAUCGCGCAGGCACCGUGUUCAUGACUCUCCUCUCCGCUGUCGCGUUCCUCGUCACUCUUAUCGCGUGGGUCGUCGAGAUGGUGCUUUUCGGCGUCGCGCGCAACCACGUGCGCGAUGCGGGCAACUACGCGCAGUACGGCAACGCGAACUGGCUCGUACUCGGCGCGCUCCUCGCGCUCCUCCUCGGGUUCUUCGCCAGCCUGUGCGGCAGCUUCGGGCGGUAUGGCUCGCGGCGUUCGGCGUAUUAG